CCAGCGGCCCGCCCGAGUCGCCCUGCAGACGUGACACAGGAGAGCCAGGUCGCAUGUUAACAGCACAGGAACCAUGGAAGCCUGAUCUGACUCAUGUCUCAGGGCAACUACCUAAGGGAGCCCGUCAAAUGCAGGUUAUAAAGCAGCGUUGCAAGGCGAUAGCCGACAAAGAUCACGCUGUCAGCGACACCAGAGCAUCCUGAGACUGAAAAGGCCGGUUGCUGUGCUGUGCCCAGGACCGUGACGAUUUCUGGGGGCCUACGUGUAUCAGGAAGGGACAUGGCAAGCCCACGAGAUCCACCUGAAGCACAGAAGAGAGCGUGCUGGGGAGCAGAGAGCAUGAGUGACCCAGGCGAGCCCCCGUCGCUUGCCCCCUGAGCCGACACCAUGAUCUCCACGAAAGAGAAGUCCAAAGCCCCCAAGGAUAGCAUGACGCUCCUUCCGUGCUUCUACUUUGUGGAGCUCCCGAUCGUGGCUUCCUCCAUCGUGACGCUGUAUUUCCUGGAGCUGACCGACCUCUUCAAGCCAGCCAAGGUGGGUUUCCAGUGCUACGACCGGGCCCUGUCCAUGCCUUACGUGGAGACCAACGAGGAGAUGAUUCCUCUGCUGAUGCUUCUCAGCCUGGCCUUCGCUGCUCCCGCGGCCUCGAUCAUGGUUGGGGAAGGCAUCAUCUACUGCCUGCAGUCCAAGCUGAAGGGGCGCAGCGGGUCGGAGGGGAGCAUCAACGCCGGCGGUUGCAACUUCAACUCCUUCCUGCGCAGGACUGUAAGGUUUGUGGGGGUCCACGUGUUCGGACUCUGUGCCACCGCCCUGGUGACCGACGUGAUCCAGCUGGCCACUGGCUACCACGCCCCCUUUUUCCUGACGGUCUGCAAGCCCAACUACACCCUGCUGGGGAUCUCCUGUGACUCCAACCCUUACAUCACCCAGGACAUCUGCUCAGGCCAGGACCAGAAUGCGAUUCUCUCUGCCAGGAAGACCUUCCCGUCCCAGCAUGCAACGCUCUCAGCUUUCGCCGCUGUCUACGUGUCGAUGUAUUUCAACUCCAUCAUCUCGGACAGCACCAAGCUCCUGAAGCCCAUCCUGGUCUUCGCCUUCGCCAUCGCCGCCGGCGUCUGCGGCUUGACCCAGAUCACCCAGUACCGCAGCCACCCCAUCGACGUCUACGUGGGCUUCCUCAUCGGCUCCGGGAUCGCGGCCUACCUGGCGUACCACGCGGUGGGCAACUUCCAGGCGCCGACCGAGAGGGCCCCGGCCAACCCCCCGGCCAAGGACGCCCUGCGGGCGCUGACCCAGCGCGGCCACGACUCGGUGUAUCACCAGAACAAAUCCGUCAGCACAGACGAGCUCAACCCCCAGACCCGGCUGGACGGGGUGAACCGCCAGGUCCAGCGGGAGAAGAACUCGCUGGGCAGCCUGAAACGGGCCAGCGUGGACGUGGACCUGCUGGCCCCCCGCAGCCCCAUGGGCAAAGAGAACAUGGUCACCUUCAGCAACACCCUGCCCCGGGUCAACACCCCCUCCAUGGACGACCCCGCCCGGCGCCACAUGACCAUCCACGUCCCCGUGGACGCCUCCCGCUCCAAGCAGCUCAUCACCGAGUGGAAGCAGAAAUCCCUGGAGGGCCGCAGCAUGACGCUGGCCGAGGAGGCCAGUGGGCACGCGAGGGCCGGCUCGGACUCGGUGGGCGCCGAUGAAGAGGAGCACGUCCCCCCCUCGCUCUACCCGACGGUGCAGGCCCGCACGGCCGAGCGGGCCACCAUGGGGCCCCGGGUUCUCAUCCAGCCCCGGCCGGGGGCGUCCCAGCUGGUUCACAUCCCCGAGGAGAGCCAAGGCACCGCCAACAUCUCCCCCAACAGCAGCUCGGCCGUGCGGGCCAAGUGGAUGAUGAUGGCGGAGAAGGGGGCAGGCCAGCGGGUGGCCAACCCGCCUCGGCUCAUGCAGGUCAUCGCCAUGUCCAAGCAGCAGGGCCUGGUGUCGGUCACCCCCAAGCACUCGGAGACCUCCUCGUCCUCCACCAGCUCCGACUCCUCCCAGUACCGCUCGCCGUCAGAGCGGGACAGCUCCAGCAUCGUCACCAUCGACGCCCACGCCCCGCACCACCCCGUGGUGCACCUCUCCUCCGGCAACGGGCCCUGGGAGUGGAAGGUGGCCCAGAAAGGCUCGGACGGGCAGGACGCCUACGAGCUGAACGAGAUGGGCAAGGAUUACCGGGGCUUCCGGCCCACCAGGAGCGCCGGCGUCUCCCCGGGCUCCUCCGUCAGCGACAUCGAGCAGGACGAGCCGCGCUACGGCAGCGUGGCCACCAUCAACGUGGCGCCGGGAGGGGGCGGGGCGGCGGAGCGUGGCGAGGGCGGCCUGGAGAACGUGCUCGGCCCCGCCAGCCGGGAGUCCACCCUGCGGAGGAAGCCUGCCAGCCUGACGGUCAGCGAGAAGGACGGACACACGGACCACGAGGCGGAAAACUACUACAAGAAAAUCCAAGCCAACCGGAGAUUUAAGGAGUAAUUCCCUCCCCCUCUCCCCCCCCAGCUUCCACCCCACCUGCCCCGACCCAGGGCAGCUGUCCAGAGCGGGGAACCUGCCUCCGUGGGUGUCUCCGCUGCUGAACGACACAAUCAGCAUGAUCCGUGUGCUGCUGCUUUGGGACGAGGCCAGGACCGGGGUGGUGUGAGCAUCCGUCUUUGCGGGGGGGUCUCCGGGGAUUUAGUUACAGCAGCCUCAAAGCGGAGCAGCACGUGGAGAAGAUGUUGCAAGCGCCGGAUGGGAGGGGUGGACUAGAAGACGCAGGGACCACAGAGUUCUUCUCCAGGGCAUUAAAACAACAAGCCCUUCGCUGGACUCCCAAUGCCCAACCAGGGGAGGAAUUUUCCAUGUUUAUUUAUUUGUUAACCAGGUGCUGAUGGGUCCCGGGAGGGUUUGCGUUUCGGCUGUUGCGAUGGUGGGGUGGGAGAGAACGAAUGACUUUGAGAAGGCAGAUUCCAGGAGUCCUGGGCUACCAAUUGAGGCAACUGUC